AUGAGCCUUCACUGUGACCAAAAGCGUCAUCUCGCCGCAGCUACCGACGCACCGUACGUCCCGCUCCAACGCCCUACUUCCGAUUCUUCCGAUUCUUCCGAGCUCGAAGCUGGAGAAAUUCGGGAUACUCCUCCGGAAAGACUUGAAGUCAAACCACCCUGGCAAUACGGCAAAGCUGACAGUUGGCCCCAUCGUAGUGCUGAUACAUUUCGCCCGAGCAGUCUCAUGGAGAGGAGGAUGGAGGCAGGUGGAAUGGAUGGUGCACGACUCUCCCGUGCCCCCACCACCGGACGGAGUGAUGAACUGAACAGUCCACCGCUAGCAAGCCGAUUUCUCGAUCGCGUAGAUCUUAAAGGCCUCACUUCCCCCUCUAAGAUUAGAGUACCGCGCUCUGAACAUGGUCGAGCCCACCUCUUCAAUGCAACCACCCGCCAUGACCAAGUAAACCUUGAAGGCCUCACCUCUCACUCUAGGGACAAAGUCCCACCACGAUCAUACGCCGAACUAGACGACGUGCCGCCAACCAAGCGCCCACGUCUCACUUUCUCCUCGCAGCCCGAACACGAAGCCAUCACGCUUGGUGAGAACCCACAGACCGGCCGACCGCUUCUCUAUCGCAGGGACGUGCCUCUGACAUGCUUCUACUUCAUGCAAGGGAGCUGUUUUCGUGCGGAAGAGAAUUGCAAGUACGCGCAUUGGGAUACGGGAGUCUACUCCGAAGAGCCGUAUACGGAGCAGUGGAAGAACCAGAUGAAGCAUGUGAGGACGGCGCAUAUGAAGACUAAGAGGGAUAAUGAAGCUUCUCCUUUCCGGUUUUCUUCGGAUCGCCACUCCCACAAAGCACUCCCGUCUAAUCCGAACACUAAACUUUUAUCUACGGUGCGCCGCUCAGGUACCACUAGUCGCACUCACCGCGGUCGCGGCCACCGCCAUAUCGAGGACUCCCCUCCACCUCUCGGGCCGCCGCUCAAAGCGACCCCAGAAGCCUCACGUAGCCAGCGCCAGAAUCACCAAGUCGAGCUCAUUCAUCUCGAUAACCUCCUAGCCGAGCGCAAAACCGCCCUCCGCGCCCUCGAUGCUGCAAACUGCCCCCAAUCAGCAUCAAUUUUGCGACUUCAGAUACCCGUCGGUACCGCCCCUGAACAUGGCUUGACGAACACGGAGGAUGCGGGAGACGGGAAGCAGAAAGAGGAGUUGCGGAAGUGGGAGCAGAGGCUUAGAAACUGGGAGAAGGUUCUCGGUGGCCGCGAAGAGGCGGUGAUUGCGGAGGAGGAGAGGCUUGGAGACUGGGAGGGGCUUCUGGGGUGCCGAGAGGAGAGAUUAAGGGGUCGGGGCUAG